AUGCUGAGUAUGGCACCUGCUUCUCCCCCAGCCUCUGUGCAGGUGAUGAACAGAAAGGUCCAGUCAGUCCAGGCAGGAGGAAAUGUUACUUUAUCAUGCCGGUCAGUCACAAAAGAAGAUGUGAUACAGGUGACAUGGCAGAAAGAGACGGAUGGGACUGAAGACAACAUAGCAACUUACAGUACGAUUAAUGGCCAAAAAAUAGCCAAGGCCUAUGUAAGCCAUGUGAGCUUUGCCCACAGCGAGUUACAAGCCUCAGCCAUCUCCCUUGAUGGAGUCACCCUCCAAGAUGAAGGAUGCUACAAAUGCAUCUUCAACACAUUUCCCUCGGGGGCUGUCACUGGCAGGAUGUGUCUCAAGGUUUAUGCCAUCUCAGACCCCAGAGUGGAAACAAAACUUAUAUCCAGUCCAGACAAAGCUGAGGAUUCUGAGAAAAUGGUGGGGAUGAGCUGCUCAGCAACAGGGAAACCAGUUCCAAAAAUAACCUGGCACCUCCCCAGCAUACUGCAGCAGAAACCAAAGGAGUACCACAUAAAGUUCAGCAACCAGACCGUGACUGUCAUCAGCAAUUUUACCCAUACCCACUCCAAAAUCCUUUGGGAGUACCCCAUCACCUGCAUGAUCCAACAUCCUUUUCUAAAUGUGACCCUGGUCCUGCCCACAGACAGCCUGGAGCAGGGUCCAGACAGCAGCAUGGCAUCGGCCAUUGCCAUUGCACUGGGGGUCCUGGUCCCCCUGACCUCCCUUCUCAUUCUCACCUGCCUCUUCUUCCACUGCCUCAGGCACCUACGUGAUGCAGAGAGAAACCCAACCUGGCCCUGCUGGGUAGGUCUGCCUUUCCUCAGGGUGCUGCAAAAUUCACUCCCACAGGUCUUGAGGUUCAAUACCAUGACCUGGCUUUGCCCAGCCACACAAGGGCUGCCUGCACACUGCCCAAGCCAGGCUGAAACUGGGCUGGAGAGGGACACAGGAAUGAGCCCCCAGUCAGACAGCUGGGAAGGGGAAACCUGA